CUUUUCUUUUUUCUUUUUUCUUUUGAGACAUCAAGACUGUUAUUAUCUUUAGUUCAUUCCGUGUAUACAUCGAAGUCUCAGAUUCACUUUCGCAAUGCCUCGAAAGCGCUUCGAGGGACAGGAACCCAAAACAGGUCUACAGUAUGCCCAGUAUUUCCUGAAGAAAGUAGGGUUGGGGAAAGAUAACUACCACUUCUUGAAACAUUAUGGUAAGUCUUUACUUUACACCCACGUAAUCUUUGCCCUGGCAUGGUUAUACAAUGAGACAUCACCACUGGGUUGGUGGUCGCUGAAGCCACGGCCAAAGGAAGAGUUGGAGUUAGCUCAUUUGUACGAGCGCCGGAAGUUCCCAUACCCCGGUGAUGAAGAAGCAAUGGAGGAGUUCAUUGCAAAGGGUGGAAUGAUUGGAACAUCAAUUGGUCCUAAAGGGGUGAUUGACUCUGAUAAGGAUGCAUUAGAUUAUCAGAAGGAGCUGAAGAACAAGAAGUUCGAGCAGGAAGCUCAGAAACUGUGGAUUAGGAUGAGGAAUGAGGUCAUUGUUGAGCUUCAGGAGAAGGGCUUUGAUGCGGAAUGAGUGCUUUGAUGAUAUAUGAACUGUUUGUGCUGCUAAAGUAAGUACAUAACAUGUUGGGAAAAUUAUUCAUGGUAGUAAAUAUUGAGUUCGCACUUUUCUGUGUUUGAAUUUUAUAAUUUCAAUAAAUCAUGGCAGACCCAAAAGACUAAUCAGUAUGUUGUUCUUUUUUUAUGGAUGGGUAUGUAUGUGUUGUGACUUGUGUAUCUUCCCCAGCAAUUUCCCUUGUUGCAUUGGGCUUCUUUCUGUUUUCUUAUUUUCAUCUUUCCAAAAUCCUAGCAUUG